AUGAACACGACAUCCCGAUGCUCUAUAAACAUAUUUCCUAUCAUCAUAAAGACAUCUUUCGCCGAGGAUGGCUUUAAGCAGUGCGAACAUACCGUCAAGCAUUGGGCAUCAACAUCAUCUCUUGAUUCUGAAAUUAAAGAAGACAAACAUUUGUUGCGGGACUUGCUCUUUUUCCUUCACAUACCUCGAACGGGAGGACGUGCAUAUUUCCAAUGUUUCUUGAUGAAGCUUUACUCACACUCUCAGCAAUGUCCACGCUCUUAUGAUAAGUUAAGGGUGGAUCCAAGAAAACCAAACUGUCGGUUAUUAAGUAGUCAUGAUGACUUUAGCAUGACGUACAAACUUCCCAAGGAGAAAACUUCAGCAGUGACAAUACUUAGAAACCCUGUUGAACGUGUCUUAAGCGCUUAUGAAUUUUCUGUGGAGGUAGCAGCUAGAUAUCUGAAACAUCCUAACUUAACUUAUGUGGAAAAAAUGUUUAGACAGCCGAGCCCUAAGGGGCCUGGAGUAAGCACUUUGGAAAUCUGGCCAUGGAAAUAUCUGGUUCCUUGGAUGAUAGAAGAUUUAUUUGCCCGAAGGGAUGCUAGAAAACAUAGAGGACAAUUGUAUACAAUAACCAAUAACUCCUACAAUAUGGAAGAAAUUUUAAUGCCUCUACAUGAAUACAUAAAUGAACCUAUUGUUCAGGACAUUGUCCACAAUGGAGCCACUUUCCAGAUUGCUGGACUCACAAACAACUCCUAUUUAAUGGAAUCACAUGAAGUGCGCCAUUGUGUACUCAAGUAUCCGACCCUUGGAAAAUCUGUGCUUGAAGUUGCGAAGAAGAGGUUGGACGAUAUGCUGUUUGUUGGAUUUACCGAGAACCACAACGAAUCAGCCUCGAUGUUUGCAAAUGUGGUCGGUGCACAGGUGAUUUCUCAGUUAUCAACGUUGAGUUCUAACAGAGAUGUUGCAAAUAACAGCGAUUCAGAACAGAGCUCCUUGCUUCUGGAUUCCCGAAAGGUUGCUAAUUAUCAAAUAAAUGACACUUCUAAAAAGGUAAAGAAAGUUUCAUCAAUCGACAUGGAUGAAGCAGAAAAUAAGAACAUGAAUGUCAGGGAACUUUUGGAAGAAUAUGAGUCUUGUAUUUCAAAUGUAUGGAACAGCCAAAAAGAGAGGCGCGCAAAAUCUAUGCAGCAUAUUUCUCCUGCAAACUUUACAAAAGAGGCUCGUCGUCAAGUUCCCAAGGUACUUAUCCAGAAGAUUACAUCACUAAACAGCCUAGAUAUGGAGCUUUAUAAUUAUGGCCGGAGCAUCUUCUUGAAGCAACAGGCACGUGUGAUGCAGAACAUGGUUGAUACAAAGAGGCAAGAAACAGCACUUAUUGAGAGCGCAUACAUUAUUUCAUACGGAUCCCCCUCUUGGAAAGUUCUUUCCUUAGGCACUGCCGAUCUGAAGAGAGACAGAACCAAGAGAGACUCCUCUGUUGCUCUGGAGCUUCUGGAACGAACAAGUGUAGUGGCUUGUCCGCUGACUCAUUUGUAUCAGAAUAUUUGCAUUAAUUGA